AUGGGUGUUGUGGAGAAUGCGCAAUGCACAUUUCGUGAUUUGUCGUGUGAUAUUCCUGAGGUAGUUUCGUUGGAUGUAUUUGUGGAUGAAUUGGGGGGGUUGUCGACAUUGGAGCUGUUGGAUUCAGAAUAUACGGAUGAGUCUUUAUGGUUGACAAACAUUCCUUUAUUGGUGCGCUUGUGGCGGCGGAAUCGGGCUGCGUUUAAGAUCAAGAAUUUAGUUGCGCACAGUUGUAGUGUUGCCUUUGAAGGAAAUGCGUCAUUUAAGAAUGUGGUAGGCUUACCGGGAUGCUUACCGGAAUUUAUGAUUCCGUCAUAUAGUUGGGAAGAUGUUACUUCAAAGUUUGUGUCUUGUGAAAUUCAAACGAUGAUUCAAUGGCUAUGUCUUAAGCAUCUGGACAAUAUUAAGACAAUGUACAUUAGUGGCAACCUUCAAUACUCUGGUUCUAGAUUAUACUCGGAACGUGUUCUUCAUAAACCAAUUACUGAGAUCAGUCCUGACUUCAGACCAUAUCCUGGUGGACCGUCUCCUGGUGGACCAUUUCCUGGUGGACCGUCUCCUGGUGGACCAUUUCCUGAUAAAGGUGUAAUUCCGCAAGAAAUUAUUGAUACUGAUGAAGAGGGGGCUUGUGCACUGUUCGAUAAGGUUACCGAGUGUACUCUUGCUGGAGACUGUUCUCUUACAUCCAUUGAGAAACUGUUAACUCAAUCAGGUGAUAUUUGGCUCAUGUCCAUUAUGGAUGCUCUCACUUGCAAUGAGAAGACACCAGAUCGCUUGGAGACCAUAUUCGAGUCAACUGUUAAUGAACUCAUGCCCCAGGAAUUCUACGCUACAUUCGUCCCCACUCUACAACCUCAUUCCUUCCACCCUGAACAGUUAUGCUUGCUGUUGGAAGCCGACAAUGUGACUGAUGCUAAUUCAGCUCUCAUCAAGGAUCUCAGGCUUGCCGCUCAAAGUUACCUCAUGAACUUACAUGGGUCUUCAAGAGUCGGAUUCGCCGACCAGAACAAGACGACAUCAAUCUGCGGUCCUACCCUUGGCUCUGAAGCCGCAUUCUACGGUCUAUUGUCAGGUGAAUUCUCCGCUGCUGUCAGAUCUCCGGCCGUUAAAGAAUGGGAUUCAAUUCUUCUUGCUGGCCUAGUAGCCAUUGCGAGAGACUCUCAACUUGGGCUUAAGCAAUUAACUCCGACUCAAGCACUUCCAACCUUUGAUAUCAAUGCCCCGGAAGCACUGAUUCAUAUAUACCAAACGAUAGCUGAGCAACCUCUACUCAAAUUAACCCCAUCUCAACUACUUAGCCAACUUUUAUCAAUUGUCAGGGCCCUCGGUGCACCUUCAAUUACCCCGAUAAUUCAAUGUAUAUCCGCCCUCAUAACCAACCUACCCUCUGGACCGGAAUACGCAUUUUGCGAGUUUGUUGAAGCAGUGUUAAAUAACGUCGGAGAAUUCUCCAAGCCAUUAUACCCGUGUAUCGCUAUUGAGGCGGCCUUAUUAUGGCGAGAAGUUGAAGGCGAGGCCGGCGAAAAGUUUGCUGAGCGCCAACCAAAGCAUGAAGGGCCCGUAACUUUUGAUUGGGUCAAUAGCACACGUGUGCGCUCUGUAACGGAUGCAGCAUUGAGGCGCUAUAUAGAGCUUUGUGUACAAAAUCGCAGUCUGAUACCAUGCGAGCGGUGGACGAAGAGAGCUGUUAGAUUGAUUAGCUGCUCGGAUCCCCGAUUACAGAAAAAAUUAGUUAGUGAGGUACUUGCCUCUGAAUUGCAGGCUGCUGCAAACGAGGACUCGGCAAGCAUCAGUUCGGUUAAUCUGCGUAACCUGACGUUCGAGGCAGCAGCGGAAUGCCCCCGAGUUGCUCUGAGGGCGUGGCUGUUGGUCAAAGACGGAUUAAUUGAACGCGCCAAUAACAUCAUUGCGCAUUUGACGACAUUGGAGGCGAAGGCAUUGGAGGGGAUAAAAUAUGAGAAUGACGUCUUGUACCAUGACUCCAUUGCCCUUUUCUGUAAAGAAUUAGGUCUAUAUAUCAAGGUGUCUGCUUCCCUGAUGGACUCGGCCGACCAGAUCUUUGGGAAAGAAGAUUUGGAUGCCUGGUUUGAGGGGUCCCUGAUUCCACAGGCGGACCCACAGACGGACUUGGUGCGGAUGGCUUACACUGUGGCUGAGGAUUACGGUCUGUCGGAGACUGCUUCAAUGCCGGAGGCUGCUUCAAUGCCGGAGGCUGCUUCAAUGCCGGAGACUGCUUUAGGAUCAGAACAACUAAGGUGGGACGACAGCGCAGCCGUCGUGUUUUGUCAAGGGUUGCUGCUGGAGGCGGCGACUGCGUGUUACAUGUCUCUGUUCACAAUCAACAACUACUACUUCGCCCGACUGACGGAGACGGAGUUGGACGCGGGGUUCGAUGCAUCGGCAGCCGUCUGGGGUGUAAGUAUGAGAGACGAGCACAAGAUCUUUUGGCGAGGUGGUAAUUCCGACCGCUGCUGUUCUAUCACGCGGGACUCCGCCAGUGUUGAGGUUCCGCUGGAUCAUACGACCUUCCUCAACAUUCAUAUACAGAAGGAAAUGGUUGAUCCGUUCUUAGACCAGUUCAGAGGACAAGUUUACAACCUUCUUCCUAGACUCCGAGAUUACGGAUUUACAGAACUACAAGAUGCUGCAGCAGUGCCGCUAACACUCAACACCAUAAGUCGUAACCAAGCCGCCGAAGCAGCGACCUCUCGACAGACGACCUCUCGACGGAACACAGCCAUCCCCAUCAUCGGGCUGAGGAACUGGCUGUACUGCUCCGCUCUCGCUGAAUUCAUGGCCAAGAUCAACGAUCUCGGCAUCACCUUAUGUGGGGACGCCGUUUCCAUUGAUGAAAUCAAGCUUCAGUCUUCAGCCCUCGUCUCCUUCAUCGAAAGUAACUUGAAACCACUCAGGUUUAUUAGAACUAAGUCAGCUGCUGCCAUGGAGUCCUUGCUUGAAUCAGCCUGGAUGGAAGUCUCCCGGCUACUUAACGGCUUCAUCAAAUUCACUGCUCCUGCCGACACGGAAGCCGUCUUGAAUGAAUGCGCUGCUAUUGGAGAAGCCUUUGGCUCAUUCGUCAAUGACCGACGAAGCUAG